AUGUCGCCUGUUCCCACACAAGACUCGUCCUCGAUGCUGCCGAGUACAAUGCAACACGCUCACACUUCGUUGGUUGAGCCAGCGCAAAAGCUUGGGUCCGAUUCAUUCUCGUACGCUCAUCUGUGCUCUACUCGGUCGCACUCGCAUCCGAUCCAAGACCACCCGUUUGCAGCGGCGUCCGAGUUUUCAAGUCUCGCAUCACCAACCUCAUCAGCGUCGGCUUCAGACCAUCCCACUUGCACGCCAGCAUCGUCGGGGAUCCCUUCGCCGUUCGAAGAGCUUGCAGAGUCCGACAUGCUCAAAUCCUCGGGACAAGCGGAUUGCGACUCGAAAAACACGCUUUUCGACCAGUGGAGACCCACUUCACACUUUCUUGGACCUCAUGGCUGGAUGAACGACCCAUGCGGUCCUUCGUACGAUCCACGCACCGGCCUUUACCAUCUGUGGUAUCAAUGGAACCCGAGCGGAUCCACGUGGGGCAAUAUUAGCUGGGGUCAUGCGUAUAGCCACGACAUGGUCCACUGGACAUGUCGUCAUCAGCCCGUGCUGAGUCCCGGCGCGAAUCAUGACUCAGAGGGUGUGUUUACCGGAUGUGUGCUGCAAAGAGCAUCGAUUGGCGCUCCAGAGCAAGCUGCAUCGAGCGCAGAGAUGAGCGCGCUCUACACGGCCGUCUCCAAGCUGCCGAUCCACCACACUCUGCCCUACCACUACGGAAGCGAAAAGGUGGUGCUUUCAACCUCGGCAGAUGGAGGUGAAACAUGGACUCCCCAAGGCAUCGUCGUACACGGACCACCCGAGCAUCUCGACGUGAUCUCGUGGCGCGAUCCGUACAUUGGCGAGUGGCCUCUUCUAGAUGCGCUCCUUGCACGCGAGACUCGCGGGCUGUACGCACUCAUCGCCGGUGGGAUCAAGGACACCACACCAACGACGUUUGCUUACUCGAUCGACGCCACCGAUCUGAGCCAAUGGACGUUUGUCGGCACGCUCGCCGACGUCGGCGUCAAUUACAAAGCGGCUCCGUACGGUAUUGAUCUGGGCAAGAACUGGGAAGUUGCCAACUUCUUCACCAUCACCGACAAAUCCAAUGCGGCUCGUAGCACGGCAGCUGAGUAUCUGCUGAUCAACGUCGAGGGAUGUACCGAGCCGGGACCGGCACGACAGCCCGUGUACAUGAGGUUGGACCUCGAUGCGACUCAACAAACCGACGAGGGCGAGAUUCGUCUUGCAUCAGCACACGUGGGCUUACUCGAUCACGGAUGCCUGUACGCGGCUAGUAGCUUUCACGAUCAAAAGCACAAUCGAAGGAUCAUGUGGGGCUGGAUCACGGAAGACGACUUGCCCGAGGAGUAUUACAACACACAGGGAUGGGCUGGCUUGAUCUCGCUGCCGCGUGAGCUGUUCCACCAUGCUUCUUCGUGCGAACUCGGCAUUCGGCCUGCAAUCGAGGUCGACGAGCUUCGGCGCGGUGCACAGCGCAUUUCGGUCUCGUCGGACUGCAUGGUGUCGCAUGCCAUUCUCGAGCUUGCUGAAGCUGCGGCGACGGAUGCAACUGCAGAUGCAGAUGCGGUGGCAGUGGCGAAGGCGGAGGCGGAGGCGGAGGCGGUCGAGCUCGGUGUAGUGCAUGUACCCCAGGUCAACAGGCGCUCGUACGAGCUGCAAAUCGAGCUGAGUGCCGAUCAGCCUGGCUUGGUCGUAGCGCACAGCAAAGACUUGUCGACUCGCACACUGGUCUACAUUUCAUCUUGCGGACAGCUGGUUGUCGACCGCUCGCUCUCGGCCGGUCAGACGUCGGUGAUCGCAAAACAGAUCAACGUAAACACUUGCACGCUUCGCGCCCCGCUCUCGACUCAAUCACCCACACACAAGCUGCGCAUGUUCCUCGACAACUCGGUCCUGGAAAUCUUCCUAGACGAUCUCAUCGCGCUCUCCACGCGCAUCUAUCCGGAUCCAGACGACGUGCAUCUGUCCAUCCUGACCAACCCUAACGCAAAGCCUCAAGGCGACGUCCAUAUCUGGCAAGGGCUGGAUCGUGCGAUUCUUGGCUGA